UUCAUUCCCAAUUGGUUAGAGGUCCUGUCAAUCCUAUAAAUCAGAAGGCAAUUAAAAAAGCCUGCGCAAGUUCAGAAGAGCCCGCCUGAAAGUUGCGCGCGCCGCGCAUUAGUGAGAGGGCGAAGCGGUAGCCGCAAGUCAGCCGGUUCUUCGUGCUGUUUUAUCGACAGGGAAGGAGCGGUAGGCCAGAUUGUAGGGCACGGAGGGAGUUGGGGGAUACACCGUGACCGACGAGACGUCGCCUGUGAUCGUGGAUGCCAAGUUUCCGUCCCUUCGGGUGGGACCUUCGUUGCAGUAUUUCCAGUCCCUCGUGCAAUAUUAAUCUGAUCAGGUUUAUUGGGCUGGAUGAUUGAUCAGAGCUCUAUUUGUACAACCUCUGUAUUGAAGCAUUUAUUUGAAAACAGUUUGAUAUUUCAAAGGGCUACAGAGCACAGUGUGAAUUGAUUACAGAAACCUAGACAAUCUUGUAUUACGCUACGGAAAUGAAUGAAGAACACACAGAUGUAACAAAUGGAUGUAAUAAAGUUAGAUCUGGUACUCAGAAUGAAGCUGCCUUAUUGGCUCUUAUGGAGAAGACAGGCUAUAAUAUGGUUCAAGAAAAUGGACAACGAAAAUUUGGUGGACCUCCACCAGGUUGGGAAGGUCCGCCACCACCCCGAGGCUGUGAAGUUUUUGUGGGAAAAAUUCCUCGUGAUAUGUAUGAGGAUGAAUUAGUUCCUGUUUUUGAAAGAGCUGGGAAGAUUUAUGAAUUUAGACUGAUGAUGGAAUUUAGUGGUGAGAAUCGUGGAUAUGCUUUUGUAAUGUAUACAACAAAAGAAGAAGCUCAGCUUGCCAUUAGGAUCCUUAAUAAUUAUGAGAUUCGUCCUGGAAAAUUUAUUGGUGUUUGUGUAAGCUUGGAUAACUGCAGACUAUUCAUUGGAGCCAUUCCAAAAGAGAAGAAGAAAGAAGAGAUCUUGGAUGAAAUGAAAAAAGUCACCGAAGGUGUUGUAGAUGUUAUCGUGUAUCCAAGUGCAACUGACAAGACAAAAAAUCGUGGGUUUGCCUUUGUAGAAUAUGAAUCCCAUAGAGCUGCAGCUAUGGCAAGGAGAAAAUUAAUUCCUGGAACUUUCCAGUUAUGGGGCCACACUAUUCAAGUAGAUUGGGCAGAUCCAGAAAAAGAAGUAGAUGAAGAAACAAUGCAGAGAGUAAAAGUAUUGUAUGUUAGAAACUUGAUGAUUUCAACCACAGAAGAAACAAUUAAGGCAGAGUUUAACAAAUUUAAGCCAGGAGCUGUUGAACGGGUAAAGAAACUUCGAGAUUAUGCUUUUGUUCAUUUUUUCAACCGAGAUGAUGCAGUUGCUUCUAUGUCAGUUAUGAAUGGAAAAUGUAUUGAUGGUGCUAGCAUUGAGGUAACGCUAGCCAAGCCAGUAAACAAAGAAAGCACUUGGAGACAACAUCUUAAUGGUCAAAUUAGCCCCAGUUCUGAAAAUCUUUUAGUCUUUACAAACAAAGAAGAUGGUCAUCAGAAAUCACUAACAAAGCCAGCAAGUCUUCCAAUACGCCUUAAUGGGCAGAGUAGUCCAAGUCCUCCUGAAAUUGAAAGGUGUACUUACCCAUUUUUUCCAGGAACAAAACUUACUGCAGUUAGCAUGUACUCUUUAAAAUCUAGUCAUUUUAGUUCUGCAGUGAUGCAGUUAGAUUAUUAUUGCAACAAAAAUAACUGGGCACCUCCAGAAUAUUAUUUGUAUUCAACUACAAGUCAAGAUGGAAAAAUGUUGCUGGUAUAUAAGAUAAUUAUUCCAACGGUUGCAAAUGGAUCCCAGAAUUAUUUUAUGCCAGACAAACUCUGUACAACAGUAGAAGAUGCAAAAGAGCUAGCAGCACAGUUUGCACUCAUGCACUUGGAUUACAAUUUCCGUCGAAGUUCAGUAAAUAACAUUUCUCCUGGUAGUGCUACGCUUUCUUCUGGAACAACCAGCGUUUUACCAUAUACGUCAAGACCAUAUUCUUAUCCAAGCUAUCCCUUGUCACCAUCAAUUCCGCUUGCUAAUAGCAACCACGUUGGACAGCGUCUGUACAUCUCCAAUCAGGCCUCAUUCUUUUGAGGAAAAAAAAGCUGGAUGAAAAAAGUAUACUUUUUUUAAAACUAUAAUGUAGUUUUAGUUUUAAUCGGGUUCACACAAUUGCUUUUGCUCAGUUAUUUCAGAUUGCUUAUAAAUUAUAAAUAAGAAAACCCAUUUAAAUGUUUUUUUAAAUAAUUAUUUUCAUUAAAUAGCAGCUUUAAAAUAUUUUAAAUGCAUGCAAUUGUUGGUUGUAAUCUUGUUACCAAGGAUCCAUUCUUUGGAGAUGAAAAAGCAAUAUUUGGUGAAAAGCAAAGUAUUAUGUAAGAAGGAAAUGAUGCACAAUAUUUUUUUUUAAAAAACAGAAACCUUAACUCCAAAUGAAUAACGUAUAAACUCUUGUGGUCCUUUAAAAUUACAUUGAAUAUUUUAGUUGCAUGAUAUUUGUUUUAUUAAUUAAUCCACUGUUUACAUUGUUAAAUUUUAUUUGUUAAAGGUAUUGUUCUA